CUUGGUCCACAUUCCAACUUGUUCAAAAACUGUGUGCUAUUUUCCAAAUCUGUUCUCUGCGAGAAGACGAGUUGCUCUUUCGCCUUCUGAAUCUCAAAAAUUUGCCGAGUGUUCAUCUCAAACAUUUGGACUUGCUCCGAAAGUAUAGAUUUCAGCUGAAGAAAUGGCAAACAACGGCAAUGGUGCUGCCUACAGACACCCAAGGGCUGUUGGACCGGCAACAGUUCUAGCCAUUGGAAAAGCUACUCCUCCCACAGCUUUCCCUCAAAGUGAAUACCCGGACUUCUUUUUCGACAUCACCAACACCAGUCACAAGACUGAGCUCAAGGCCAAAUUCGCUCGUAUAUGCAAGAAUUCGGGCAUCAACAAGAGGUACUUCCACUGCACAGAGGACAUUCUGAGAGCCAACCCUUCCAUGUGCACUUAUCUGGAGCCAUCUCUUGAUGUUCGACAGGACAUUGCCAUCAGAGAGGUGCCCAGACUGGCGGAGAAGGCAGCCGUCGAGGCCUUGGCGGAAUGGGGCCAACCCAGAUCCCAGAUCACUCACGUCGUCUUCGCAACCACGAGCGGAGUGAACAUGCCCGGAGCUGAUCUCACUCUCACCAGACUUUUGGGGCUGAAUCCCAAUGUGAAACGCACCAUGCUGUACCAGCAAGGGUGCUUCGGAGGAGCCACGGUUCUGCGAGUGGCCAAGGACCUGGCCGAGAACAACAAGGGCGCCCGAGUAUUGACGGUGGUGAGCGAGCUUACAUGCGUGACCUUCCGAGCACCCAACGAGGAACAUCUGGACAAUCUGGUGGGUUCAGCCAUCUUCGGCGAUGGAGCUGCAGUCCUCGUCAUUGGUUCUGACCCGGUCCCUGAGGUUGAGAAACCCCAGUUUGAGAUUCACUGGUCAGGUGAGACGAUUUUGCCAGAGAGUGAUGGCGCCAUCGAGGGACGCCUGACUGAGGCAGGCCUGAUUUUCCAUCUGCUCAAGGAUGUUCCCGGCCUGAUCUCAAGAAACACUCUUCCCAUCUUCAACAAGGCAAUCGAGGUGGCAGGAUCCCCCGGCUGGAACGAUCUGUUCUGGUGUGUGCACCCGGGAGGUCGUGCCAUUCUUGACGAAGUGGCCAAAACAUUGAACUUGAAGCCAGAGAAGAUGGAGGCGACGAGAGAUGUGCUAUACAAUUACGGAAACAUGUCUGGUGCUAGCGUGCUAUUUGUCCUGGAUCAAAUGAGGAGGCGGUCAGCUGAGAAGAAUAGCAGCACGACUGGAGAAGGUUGUGAGUGGGGACUGGUGGUUGGAUUCGGACCUGGUUUGACGAUUGAAGUGUCUGUUUUGAAAGCAAUUGCCACUGGUCAUUGAACCCCAGGGUUUACAACAUUGACAAAAAGAAAAUCACGUGCAUCAGGAGGAGUUUGUUAGUUUCUUUGAAGUAGACUGGAGAGAAAAAUUUGGAAAGAGAGGACUAAAACGAUCGGCAAUAAGUUCUCACAAAUUUCAGCCCGAAUGGAGCUGCAUUUAGAGGAGGAUAGGAAAUGUAGAACACAACAAUAUUCUUGCCACGUCGUGGAAGUGAAGAAUUCGAGUUGUCAGAAACUUGGCAACUGCUACAGCAUUGGUGUAAAGCAAUCAAGUAAUGUACAUAUAGAUCAGCCGGUAAAAGAAAGAGAUGAAAAUUUAUAAUCCUAGGAUCAUUCUUUUCUCCGAAGGCAGCAGCCCAACGAAGACAUGUAUAUUACACUGCCUAUAUAAAUAAAAGUGUUGGAAUGUGGAC